UACUGAUCGCGCUUUUGCUCCGAUUGUGUUUUUCCUGGCCAGGACGGAAUCAGAUACUAUCAGAAGGGGCUAGGCUACAAACUUCAUCAGAGAAUAGGAGCGGAGAACCCCUUUGAACACAUACGGACGCAGAAGGGAUAUUGUUCCGACGUCUCCGUCGCAGACUGGGAUGGUGAUGGCGACUUGGACUUUCUUCUAUCUGAUCCCUUGAGGCCAAUGCAAUACUUUGAGCAAUCCCAAGGCCAGCUUGUGCUUCGAGAGGGUCCGAACAGAUCAGAAUACAGUAGCCCGUUCUUUGAAAUUGCGAAUCAAACAGUCACACAUAGACCUAUCAUGGCAGACUGGAAUGGAGAUGGAAACAUGGACUUACUGUUGUUGGCAAAGUUCCUUGGCAGGGCCACGUUGAAUAUUUCUCAGCAGUCUCACUGCACUUCCUAUUUGUAUGAACAACACAAGACUGGCGGAAAGACAAUGUUGGUGUUCAAAGACGAACCGUUUUUCCAGAACAAGGGGUGCAGUUCAUUUGAUGGCUCUGGUGCAUCACUUGUGGAUGUGGACGGGGAUGGUCAUUUGGAUGCAAUCUUUGGAUCGUUCCUGGGGCCAUUGCAUGUCUAUAAGCGCACUUCUGCAGGCCUCGUCAAGCCAAACGAAUUCCCGUCGAAUUCGAUCCCACUCGACAUGAUUCAACUGGAGUCAGAGAGUAAGCGUAAUCAAAUUCAUUUCCUGCACCCAGUCCUUGCAGACUGGGAUUUGGAUGGUGACCUUGAUCUUGCUUUGCUUCAUCUACAAGGAGAAAAUCAUCCUGAAAAGAACCGUUACUUUGUUCACCUCCCAGACAACACUGUCACAGAGCUGAACGGGCCGCCAAACAACUCGUGCCCGAUCAAUUGGGGCCAAGAUUUCAGCAUGGCUGAUUUUGACGGAGACGGAAAGAAGGACCUCGUGGGUUUCGACGGAGUAGAAACUGUUGUUUGUCUUCAGACUUCUUCUGGUUUUGUAGUGCUAGAGCCUGAGAAGAUCCCUUUCAACUACCCAUCCCACUGCCCGCAAUGCUUGACAGAUUUCUCCCAGUUCCCUUGGAGUGGCGUUGAUAAUUUUCCAGCCUUUCUAGACUGGGAUGGUGAUGGGGACGUGGACGUGCUCAGAAAGAAUCUGGCAGACAAGGUCUAUUUGUAUGAGCAGCUGUCCAAUGGCACAGUUUUCGCUCAUCCUCUCCCCCUUCCCUCAGCGCACGACUUUUCAGCUGCAGAUUUUGAUGGAGACGGUGAUGUUGACAUCAUGAUUAUCCCACCCAACUCAGACAGCUGUUUGUAUUUUGAGCGACGUGGUGACGGGAGCCUUGAGCAGUUGUUUGGCUCUGACAACCCUUUCAACGGUAUGUGCCAGGGAACGUCUGAUUUCCCCAUGCAAGGCAAUGGCCUUCAUGCUUCGUUGGGGGACUGGGAUGGAGAUGGUGAGAAAGAUCUGGUUGUGAUGGAUGCUUUCAAAGUGACGUUGUGGACCAGUCGACCGAUGGAAAGUUUUGUCGAAGUGAUUGAAAAGGAAAGUCCAUUCGGAAAGUUUCGGUUCUCCAAAGCAUCACGGGUGAGUCUCGUCGAUGUGAAUGAUGAUGGGAGGUUGGACGUAGUCGUGCCGCCGCAGUCCUACCUCUUGGGAAUUAUGAGAGGGUAUGCAACAUACGGUUAUUUCAAGUCUGGAGCCAGUGGAUUGCUGGUAGAACAGCUGGGUGAAGCGAAUCCAUUUGACAAGGUUGCCUACAACACAACAAAUAGCAAUAGAAAUAGACAAUCGUCCUUAGCUGGACAGCAACUAAUUGUGGAUCUCGAUGGUGAUGGAGAUUUGGACAUAGUCCAUGGAGAUCUGCAGUACACACGAAAUGAUGGCGGUCAUUUCACACACUUGAAUCCCUCUGACCCUGAUCACCCGUUUAGGGGGAUCCAAGACGGAGAAACAACAUGCUCGACUUUUGUGGAUUGGGAUAGAGAUGGAGACCUUGAUUUGGUGCAAGCCUAUCUGCCUGGAGGGAAUACUUUUUAUGAAGUCUUGCUGCACCAAGCCUGGGUAGGAACAGUCAUUGUUGAAAUGUUGCGCAAUGGGACCAGCCGGGCCGAGCGUGUGGCAUGGGUUAAGAAGAACUUGUAUCGCCGGAUGCGCUUGUAUCUCAAUGCUGGCAUGAGUUUCCAAGAAGUCACAGGAUCGGCAAGUCCUUUCCACGAUAUCUACUUGCAGUUGAGAAACGAUUCGGUAUGCCCUACCUUCGUGGACCUUGAUAAAGAUGAUGUCUUGGAAUUAGUCUUUGGAAGCUUCAAUGGAAAACUGCAGUAUUUUAGGCAGCAGAAUGGUACCUUUCAGCACGUUGAGGAGACGCCUUUUGCUGACUUGUCCAUUAAAAUUUCCCCUUCGGGUGUCCUCAUGCCUCGCUUCGUAGAUUGGGAUGGCGAUGAUGACAUGGACUUGGUGAUCACAGGAUUAGACAAGGUGCGAUUCUUUCAGCGCGGCGUUUGCAAGCCCUCUGCCUCAUACUGCAAAUCUGGAGUCUGUAAUCAGCGGACCUCGACGUGCACAUGUGAUGCUGGCGCAGAAGGACAAGACUGCAGCCUUUGCGGCAACUUCUAUGUCCGUGAGAAGGGCAAAUGUAGGCCAUGUCCUGGCCAUAAUGAACUGGCAAGUACUUGCAGCCGGAGAGGUGUUUGUGAAGAUGAUGCAGAUGCAAGAAACAAAAGGCUUGCGAAGAAUCUGACCGGCUUCGAAGUGACUUCUGCUAGAGGAACUGGCCAAUGCACAUGUUCGCAGCCUUUUUUUGGGCAUGGCUGCCAAGAGGGGCAGUGCCCAGCUGGAGAGCACUUGGACAGACAUGCAAAAGUGGAUAGGGCUACCGAAAAGUAUUCUCAGUGGGAAGUUUGUGCACCUUGCGAAUCUGGCAAAUUCAAGAAUUUCUCAGGCAACGAGGAAUGUUCUUUUUGCCCAGAUGGGCAUGUGCCACUGAACCGCACCAGCUGUGUUCCUUGCGCUUCUGGCACUGUCUCAUCUCGAGACAACCCUGAGACAUGUACACCUUGUCCUGAAGGCUCUGUCCCAAACAGACAGACGAAUACUUGUGAGGAGUGCACGGGUCCAACCUACGCAUUUGAAGGAGAUGAGUCUUGCAGGAAGUGUUUCUUUCCAGCUUUGAUCUUGACGGGCGACGAGAAUUUGUGUACCCCAGUCUAUACGGUGCUCUUUCUGUUUGCAUCUAUCCUCUUGGCAGUGUUUGUACUGGCGAUCUUCGGAAGGUUGCGCGUUGAAUGUCUCAAAAGGCGACUCAAGAAACUUGUUGCCGCAAGGAAUUGGAAGGAUUUGCAUACCACACAGGCCAGACCACUGGAAUAUGGCCUUUGGCAGCAUAGAGCCUGCAAGCUGCUUGCGCUUCGCAAGGCUGAGGUGAAGUCGCGAUCUUUGCAGCUGGGUGUCUCUCUCGACUACGUCUUCAGCAAGCUGGAGGAUACCUACAAGGAGAAGGCACAGCAGGCCGAGUGGCGAGUGGAUGUUUGGGGCCCAACGACACAGAGCGGUUUCUUGGUGAGGGUCCGCAACUGUGGAGAUGCAGUUGAUCCCGAGUCUGCCUGGCCUACGCUGUCUAUUUGUGAUCGCCCAGAAGACCCAAACUUUCAUCAGGUAGCGGCGCUGUUGGCUUAUGGACCAUGGGCUUUGGGCAAGGGUCUGUGCUGCCCACGUGAUGGGUUGGCAGAUUGCAGCCUUGUCGACGCACUGGAAACGGAAUGCAACAGCGCAAAGGCGACUUGGUUCCUCUCCUGGGUCUGGAACUACAAAUUCACUACUGUGCUGAAGGAGCAUUCCGACCACCGUCAUUCUGCCAGAGCUGGAGGUUGGUGCCAUUGAAACUUUGGAGGACUUAACCCAACAAUGUCAAGUUGAUGCUGAGAAGGCCAGAGCUUCAGUCCAAGCAGAUGCGGAUGCCAUCAAAGAACGCAUCCAAAAAGAACAUCAAUCCUUUGAGUAUGUGAACCAGACGGUGGAGCAAGCCCUGUGGUGUGAAGUCAUAAAAUUCUUGAAGCAGUCUCAACAAGAACCUGAAGAGAUCGAACUGUCAACACAAACGCCUCAAGACUCGGACCUUUCGACCAGCUCAGCUCCCAUUUCAGCCAUACUUUCUGCCGACUCACAGUGCGGUCUCCAAUGAAUUACAGGCAGACAGCCGAUGGGUGCAGUCUCAAGAUCCGACAAGGCUCAAGUGCUCAAGUUUGGCAGCCAACAAAUUGACUGGACCCUCAGUCAAUCUUUUCUGAGCCACGGGCCUUAAACUUUUUAAGAUGCUGUCAGUCCUGCACAGAGCUUGACUUUCAGUCUUUGUUGUCUAGCCUCGGCCGCACGGCUACCUUGCACGUGGGUUGAAUCUGAGUCUUAAGAUUUGG